UCUGGUGGAAUGUUAGAGACUUCCGAAUUAGGACGUUAGUUCUGGUGAACCUUGGCGACGUACGUGUCGUCGGUCUAAUAAAUACAUUAUUGGGUGAUUGAAACUAAUGUUGUUCAUUCGGUGUCGAAACUUGUGCUACACAAAGGGGAUUGAAAACAAAUUUACUAAAACUUUUCAUUUACUUUUAGUUGCUGGCUUUGCUGUGGAAUUACUUGCAGAGGGAUAUGACGGCGACGGACACCCCCUCUAUUUCAGAUAUUGGCAUUAAUUAGUGUCAACCAGUUGGCAAAUGUCUGGCGCCACAUUCAUACCCGACCACGCUUAUGAUGAUGUAUAGUCUGUGGCGUGGAAUUAAUCACUUCUCAAAGUUUGUUUUCAUGGUGUUCUUUCUAAUAAUCUGCCUGCUGAGCUGCCGCCAUGAAGUCUCAGCUGCUUUAUUGCGUGGUCAUAACGUUCUUUUGAUGAUUGAGAGCAUAGCUAGAAGAAAACAAUGGAAAAUAAAGGACUUUGUCUUUGUCCUUCACAUUUAACCUUCGGUUUCCGAUCUCGAAAAAAAAAAAUGCGACAGCUGACGAUGGCGGAUUUGAAAUGGGCGUUUACGGCAAUCAACGGUGCCGAACGCCCCAUUUGGAUGCACUGGCUGCUCAAAGUUUGGUGUUUUCCCAAGCGCGGACGUCCGUGAGUAGUUGCUCUCCUAGUCGAGCAGCACUGUUGAGUGGACUUCCAAGUCACGAAAAUGGAUUAUAUGGACUGCAUCAUGACGUCCACCAUUUCAACUCUUUCGAGACAGUUCGGUCACUUCCAAUGAUCCUCCGGGAAAAUGGCGUCCGUACGGGCAUCAUAGGAAAGAAGCACGUCGGCCCUGGAUCUGUCUACUCCUUUGAUUACGAGCAGACCGAAGAAAAUAACUCAAUUAUGCAGGUCGGAAGGAAUAUAACCCGAAUUAAGUUGCUCGUCAGGGAAUUCCUUGAGACGCAGAAUGGAACCCAGCCUUUCCUGCUGUACGUGGCGUUCCAUGACCCACAUCGAUGCGAUCAUUCCAAUCCUGGUUAUGGACAUUUCUGCGACAAGUUUGGCAACGGAGAACCUGGUUUCGGUCACAUCCCAGAUUGGAAGCCGAUACAGUACAAACCAGAAGAUGUUCUAUUACCAUAUUUUGUUCCAGAUACUCCAGCGGCCAGAGAAGACGUAGCGUCGCAAUACACCACAAUCUCGCGUCUCGAUCAAGGAGUUGGACUGGUGCUGGACGAGAUCCGUAAGGCUGGUAAAAUUGAAGACACUUUGAUAAUCUACUCAUCGGACAAUGGUAUUUCCUUUCCAUAUGGCCGGACUAAUAUGUACGAACCCGGAUUGGCUGUCCCCCUAUUCAUCAAGUCCCCCUAUGAUUUGACAAGACGAGGUGACUUAACGGAUGUUCAGGCUAGUUUGCUGGAUAUAGUGCCAACGAUAUUGGAUUGGUUUGACAUCGAUUAUCCAAAAUAUCAUAUCCUUAAACCCAGUCAGCCUACUAGCCUCGGUGGAAAGUCUCUUUUACCGUUCUUGAGAGGUGAUGAUAAAGCAAAAAGCGACGCAUUCUUCGGAAGUCACGCCAUGCACGAAGUGACGAUGAAUUAUCCUAUGAGAAGCAUUAUUCAAGGAGAACGGUACAAACUGAUACAUAAUCUAAACGCCCCUGGUACUCCGUUUCCCAUCGACCAAGAUUUCUACCUAUCACCUACGUUCCUGGACAUGCUCAAUCGGACAUUGAAUGGGCUCCCCCUUCACUGGAUCAAGGAACUGUCUGAUUACUACUUUCGAGAGGAAUGGGAGAUGUUUGACCUGAAAGAGGACCCCAAAGAAAGCGUGAAUUUACACCGCAAAAAGAAAUACAGGGAGUUAUUCGUUGAACUGAAGGAAAAGUUAUUCAUGUGGCAAAAAUCUACUUACGAUCCAUGGUUGUGUGCUCCACAUGGAGUACUUUUGGAGAACCCUCAAGGACCUUUCUGCGCUCCGCUGCAUAACAGGAAACCUCGAGGAUUCUGAUUAUUACAUGUUAAGCGAUUGGUAAUGUGUGUGACACUAGGCGUUAAAGAAGGUUACGAGUAAGAACUAGUAGCUUUGCCAACUCUGCAGAAAAUUUUAAUCUUUGUGACAAAAACCAACAACAAAACAUUAUGCUAGUUACCUU